ACAUAGUUUCUUUAACAUCUCUUUUGAGGGCACACACAAAAUUAACAAAAAACGAGAGAGGGAGGAAUAACGCGGAGCUCUUCCUCUUGCUUUCAGCCUCAACGACUGAAAUUGAAUGUUCAUUACUCUAUAGUAGUGCCUUGAUGAUGACAACGCGGCGCGUUUCGAUCUUGUUUGGGAUGGCACUAACAUGUUCAAUUGUGUGUGCACAAGGCACGUCGGACGAUGGAAAACAGGAGGACAGCGAUGCCAAUGACGGCCAAGGUGAAUCAAAAGCACCGCCAGCAGAAAAUAACGGUGGGGAUAGUAAGGGCACUCCAGAUUCAGAAGGCGGAUCAGGGGAUGGCACGGGUGAGAAAGAUGACAACAACAAGCCAGCGACUCCAGACGAAUCCAAGCCGGAUGAUGGCACAAAUAAGCCAAUGACUCCAGACGAACCCAAGCCGGAUGAUGACACAAACAAGCCAACAACUCCAGACGAACCCAAGGCGGAUGAUGACACAAACAAGCCAAUGACUCCAGGCGAACCCAAGGCGGAUGAUGGCACAAACAAGGCAAUGACUCCAGACGAACCCAAGGCGGAUGAUGGCACAAACAAGCCAAAGACUCCAGAUGAACCCAAGGCGGAUGAUGGCACAAACAAGCCAACGACUCCAGACGAACCCAAGCCGGAUGAUGGCACAAACAAGCCAACGACUCCAGACGAACCCAAGGCGGAUGAUGACACAAACAAGCCAAUGACUCCAGGCGAACCCAAGGCGGAUGAUGGCACAAACAAGCCAAUGACUCCAGACGAACCCAAGCCGGAUGAUGGCACAAACAAGCCAAAGACUCCAGACGAACCCAAGGCGGAUGAUGGCGCAAACAAGCCUACGAAACCAGGUGAAGCCAAGCCGGAUGAGGGCGCAAACAUGCCAAAUAAAUCAGCCGAUAAGAAGCCAGAUGAGGGCGCAAACAUGCCAAAUAAAUCAGCCGAUAAGAAGCCGGAUGAGGGCGCACACAUGCCAAAUAAAUCAGCCGAUAAGAAGCCGGAUGCUGGAGCACCAACGAAGUGUGAAGACAGCACAUGCGACAAGGAAUGCAAAACAAAGUACGCGGCCAAUAAGAGCUACAAGGGCGUGGCCGGGCACUGCAAGGAACAAGCAUGCGUGUGCACGCACGUUGUCCUUUGCACCAAAGAACGCUGCGAGGCGUCCUGCAAGGCCAAACAUUCUGCCAAGCGCAACAUGACAUCGACGUGCGACCAGUACACCUGUCGGUGCACGUGGGCGGAGUUAUGCACCCCGGACGUAUGUAAGGCACUUUGCACUGAAAAGUACAAAGCAAAGGACAACCUGCAAUGGUCAUGCAAGGAGUACUUCUGCAUCUGCUCGUGGAAGAAAGGAGCGUAAAUGGACCCACCGGCAAAUUACCAAAGAAAAUCAUCGCAACCAUGCUAUGACGCCCAUUUCUAUAGUAACAAAGGAACAAAAUUAAGCCCACUAGUUACAAUAAAUUCACUGGUGACACAGAAAA